AUGUCAUCCAGAAUAACUCGCUCCUCUGCGAGACUCGCCACAGAACCCCCUGAGUCCGGUACACCGCUACAAUCCACCGGCUCAACCUCGUCACGGAAACGCAAGGCAUCUUCCCGCCACGACCGGCAAGCAGACGCUCCAGCACCGCCUUCGCCACAAAGAAAGACCAAGCGAACACGCACCGCAGCACCCCAGGCAGCUCCGUCCACUGGUCCUGUUGCUGCUGCACCUCGGCGAGGCGCCCGCAGCCGCGCAGCUAUGUCACAACCAGGACCGUCUCGGCCCUCCGAAGAAUCAUCCAAGUCGGCAAUCUCACCACAACCAACAAGGCGAAAGUCUAGUCGUAAUGAUCGACCAGGGACAACACAAUCUCCCCCACCCCGACGCUCGAAAAAGCGGUCCGUCAAAUCUAAUCCCGAUGUCGUGAUGCGUGAUGCGGAGGAGGAGGAGCUUGAGCAAGAUGAGGAACACGAAGAGCAUCAAGGAUCCCAAACGGGGGAGAGCAACGAUGGCACUAACCCCUCGGCGUUCGAUGACGAUGAUAUGGAUCCAUUCCACAGCAGUCUGUUCGGUGGUCGAACUCCAAUGGGGCUCCAGAGCACUCUCCGUGCGCUCACUGGCAUGAUGACUGGCAUGUCUUCACGCCUUCGAGACAUUCUCUGCAACCUGAGAGCAAAGGAUGAUCCUUCUCUGCAGCUAAUUGCUCUCCAGGAAUUAUCGGAUCUCCUGCUUGUCUCGAACGAGGACAACCUCUCUGGUCAGUUCUCGCCUGACCCCUAUGUGAAGGAGCUUGUGGCCUUGAUGCAGCCAAACCAGUUCGGCGAAGAGAACCCCGAGAUCAUGCUUCUUGCAUGCCGUUCUCUCGCCAACCUUAUGGAGGCCCUGCGAGGCUCCGUAGCAAAUGUUGUAUAUGGUGGUGCUGUACCCAUCCUUUGUCAAAAGUUGCUUGAUAUACAGUUUAUCGACCUAGCCGAACAGGCGUUAAGUACAUUGGCCAAGAUUUCGGUUGAUUUUCCUGCCUCCAUUGUGCGGGAAGGUGGAUUGACUGCGUGCCUCACAUAUUUGGAUUUCUUCCCCACAAGCACUCAACGCACCGCAGUCACCACGGCGGCCAACUGCUGCCGUAAUCUCCCUCAUGACUCGUUCCCUGUGGUACGGGAUGUAAUGCCCACACUACUCAAUGUGUUGGCUAGCAAUGACCCCAAGGUCGUGGAGCAAGCGUGCCUGUGUGUAUCACGGAUCGUCGAGAGCUUCAAGCACCGUCCCGAGAAUCUGGAGGAGUUGAUUGACCCCGCGAUGCUCAAGGCUGUUAUUCGGCUCCUCCUGCCGGGAACGACGAACCUGAUCGGGCCUCAUAUCCACACGCAAUUCCUCAGGGUUUUGGCAAUCGUAUCCAAAACUAGCCCCCGGCUAUCGAACGAACUUCUCAAAAUGGAUGUAGUAGAUACACUCUACCAAAUACUGACCGGCGUGUCACCACCGCAAGAUGUGGAUAAUACGGCUGUUAAGAUGGACAGCGUGCUAGUUAUGCAAGCUUUAAUUCAUCGUCCUCGCGAGCAGGUAUUUGAGACGCUCAAUGUCAUCUGCGAGCUACUGCCUGGUGUUCCCAGCCGCGACGCCUCGAAGACAGACAAUUUGCUGAGCUCAUACUUCGAUAGCCACAUGUCUAUUGGCUUGAGAUCACCCAAAACAAAGGAGGCAGUGGAGGAAAGGCGAUCGUUGCUCGUCGACUGCAAGGCUGAACUGAAGCGUUUCGCAAUGAUCCUCUUCCCAACUUUGACCGAUGCCUACUCGAGCACAGUCAACUUGCACGUCCGUCAAAAAGUCCUGAUUGCACAGCUUAAAAUGCUGCACAUUCUCGAGCCGUCUUUGAUUGAAGACGCCCUACGUACAGUUCCGUAUGCCUCAUUCCUGGCUGCAAUUCUCUCCCAAAAAGAUCACCCAUCUCUUGUAUCUUUGGCUCUUCGCUGUGCAGAGCUAUUGUUCCAGCGCCUUGAACAUGUGUAUCAGCAUCAAUUCCAUCGCGAGGGAGUGAUCUCUGAGAUCAUCAAACUAUCCGAAGGCUCUCUAUCGGGUGACAAGGAGAUCCCUGAUCUAGUUGAUUCCACGAAUAUGGACACAACUACAGAUCCAUCUCGCGGCGCCAACCGGGCCGUCGCAAAUAAUGGAGAUGACGAGGACGAAAAUGAAGAUGAUGAAGUCGAUGACUAUGACGACGAGGACGAUGACCAUGAUAUGUCUGAUUCCGAGGAUGACUCCAUGUCCGGCCCACGUAGUCUUCAAAAGAUGGAUAAUGCACUCAAUGACGUAGUCAUUCGAGAUGCUCAAGCUUUCUUGGAGGUCUAUGAAGCGACUCAUGGCGAAACAGUCCGAGCAGAGGCUCUGAGGAUCUUGACAGCACUCAAGUCUCUCGCCUCGGAAAUCAAGUCCCGUUACGCUCAUGGCGGUCAGAACGGUCACCUCCUGUUUAAACAGCUUGCAUCGUACUUUGGUGGUGAGGCCUUGGAGAGCAUUACCAGUUCUGAAUUAUUGAACUCUGGCAUUAUCCAAGUCCUCCUCACUGUCCUGGGUAACUACCAAGCCCCUUCUAUUCGUGAAUCGAGGGCCGCCUUCUUGCAGGCGUUCAUGGGCGUUUCAAUCUCGGACAAGGCUCAAAGUCAAAGUACUGCCACCACGCCCUUCAGUGUUCUGAUCCGAAAAUUGCAAGAUCUACUCAGUAGAACAGAACACUUCGAAGUUCUCACCAUCAGCCACAAUUCCCUCGAGAACACUCGCAGCAAUGCCGCCUAUAUGCUGAGCAAACAACUUCGACUGAAGCUUGUAGCUGAUGAUGAGUCCGAAAUUCCUCGUCCCUACCGCAACAUUAUGGUAUCAAUCCAUGCUAUUGCUACGUUCAAGGCAUUGGAUGACUUCCUUCAUCCACGAAUCGCUAUGGCGGAAAAGCCUCGCUCAUCACGAACCAGGGACUCGAUUCUUUCUCAAAUUGCCAAUGCAGCCCGGCUUCGUGACCAGAUUGCUUCCGGGUCAGGAUUAAAUCUUCCGGGCGCCGCAGGAGGGCCACAUGGUACCGAUGGCACUUAUGAUCCUACGACGGGCCAUACGCGGAGUCAUCGAUCUAAUCGCGUUCAAGAAGAAGACGAUGACCACGAUGAUGAACCGCUUGAAUGUGCCGACGAAAGACAAUUGACCGAUGAGGAAGAAGACGGUGGCGAAGACGAUGAAGACGAAGAGCUCAACGCAAUUGUUGAUGAUCUUGAUGAGGAUAUGGAAAAUGAUCACGUCUCCGAUCCCUCGGCUGUCAAUAUGGAGGUGGGAUCCUCGGGCAAGGUCACAGCUCGCAAAGAGGAUGGUACCCGAGUUGGGACUCCAUCACAGACUACUGCAUCCAAACCUUCAUCGUCAACUCCUUCCGCUACCCCCAACCGUACGCGUAACGCCUCGCUCGCCACUGCAGGACGUCCGUUCUCAUCUUACGCCGCUGCAACAGCUUCGGUUCCCCAGGACUGGCACCUUGAGUUCUUUGUAGACGGAAAGCCUGUUACCAACGAGACAACCAUCUACCGUGGUGUUCACCACGACCGUGAGGAUUUGGACGAGAGUAGUGCCAAGAAUGUCUGGUCAGCAGUCCACACCAUCACAUUCAAACGCGUUUCUGGUCCUCCACCCCCAGAGCCCUCCACCCUCGCCUCAACCACACAGGGUGCUUCCUCUGAGGGAGAUACCCUCGUUAUCCCGGCAUCUCUCGAUAAAGACCCCACCACUUCAUCCAUCAUUCGUUUGCUCCGUGUCUUGCAUGAAAUGAACGCAACAAUUGACGAUAUCCUGACCGAUAACAAGGACUCCGCCAUCACGUCGGAGCCCUUGGCCCAGUUCAUCAAUACCAAGCUUACAGCCAAGCUUAAUCGACAACUCGAGGAGCCAUUGAUUGUGGCAAGCGAUUGUCUUCCAAAUUGGAGUGAAGACCUGGCCAGGCUUUUCUCCUUCUUGUUCCCAUUCGAGACAAGACACCUGUUCCUGCAAUCGACUGCAUUCGGGUACUCGCGGGCAAUGAUGAGAUGGCAAAACUCCCAAAGUGGCGAGGACAGCCGACGGGACAUGCGCCGCGACGAUCGACCAUUCCUUGGCCGGCUCCAGCGCCAAAAGGUGCGGAUCUCUCGCUCUCGCAUUCUUGAUUCUGCAUUGAAGGUCAUGGAACUCUAUGGCUCUUCCCCCAGUAUUCUUGAAGUUGAGUACUUUGAGGAAGUUGGUACUGGAUUGGGACCUACUCUUGAAUUCUACUCCACAGUAUCCAAGGAGUUCUCAAAGAAGAAGCUCAAGAUCUGGAGAGAUGCAGAUGGUAGCUCUUCCGCGGAAUACGCAUUCGGCAAGCGCGGCCUCUUCCCAGCGCCCAUGAGUGAUGAGCAAGCAGCCCACGACUACGGCAAGAAGCAACUAAAUCUUUUCAAGGUACUUGGAAAGUUCGUGGCCCGCUCGAUGCUUGACUCCAGGAUCAUCGACAUCUCGUUCAAUCCAGCGUUCUUCCGUAUCGCAGAUACUUUGUCGUCAGUAGCACCAUCACUGGGCACUGUCAAGCUUGUUGACCAAGAUCUGGCGAACUCGUUGAUUAUGCUGAAGCAAUUUGUCAGCGCCAAGAACGCGAUUGAACAAGACAAAUCUCUUUCGCCAGCCCAGAAAACCGAGGCACUGCAAAAUAUCACGGUCCAGGGUGCAAGGGUUGACGAUCUAGGCUUGGAUUUCACUCUUCCUGGCUAUCCCGCUAUCGAGUUGAUUCCUGACGGCACCGACAUCCCGCUGACAAUCGAAAAUGUUGAUGUUUAUAUUGAAAGGGUCAUCGAUAUGACUCUGGGCAGCGGUGUCCGGCGUCAAGUCGAUGCAUUCCGGGCUGGAUUCUCGCAGGUCUUCCCAUUCUCUUCUCUUCGAGCUUUCACUCCAAGCGAACUUGUCAUGCUUUUCGGACAGGCUAAGGAAGAUUGGUCCAUCGAGACAUUGAUGGACUCUAUCAAGGCCGAUCACGGAUUCAACAUGGACAGCCGCAGUGUUCGCAACCUGCUUCAAACCAUGAGCGAGCUGGACAACCAGCAACGCCGAGAUUUCCUCCAGUUCGUCACUGGUAGCCCUAAGCUCCCCAUUGGAGGUUUCAAGAGUCUCACGCCAAUAUUCACUGUGGUGUGCCGCCCAAGCGAACAUCCAUAUACUCCCGACGAUUAUCUCCCCAGUGUGAUGACUUGCGUCAACUACCUCAAGUUGCCCGAUUAUAGCGACCUUAACGUCCUCAAACAACGCCUCUCGGUAGCCAUCAAGGAAGGCCAAGGAGCAUUCCAUCUCUCCUAG